AUGGGGAAUUUUGAUAACUCCAAUAAUCUCUGGGAGAAUAUGGAAACAGAUUUCCAAUUCCCUAGCGAUGAAGAUAUCAUGGCGACAGAAAUAAACAAUAUCACCUAUGAUUCAUCCGUUUCUGGAGAACCAUGGCAGAAUGAUUUUGAUCAUUUGAUUUGCGAGUUCAUACCAAAUGGUGGCUUUAACACUAUACAACAAGAAAUUCCUGGAGAUAUUGGCGAACUUCCAGAUUUACCCUCCCCAACAAAGAUUCGAAAAUUCGAAGAGUUUCACAAUCUGUAUUCUCACACAUUUUCUACGACUUCAAAUACAAGUGAUGCAAUAUUACCUAUUGCCAUACCGUCCGACAACGAAUCAUCGGCACCCGAUUUAACAGUCCCUUGUGCGAGCCAAGGACCCUCACCCAAGAUGACCUACAACUGGACUGUUCCUUCACAGCCUAAAAACGAGAUCGAAAGGUUGAGUGAUCGUAUGGGGGAUUUGGAUCGUCGGUUCCUGGAGCUGGAGACCCGUUUUGGCUGUUUACAGAAUAGUUUGGAAAACUUUCAUAAUACGGUGAAUGAAGUUGGGGAAAAAAUCAAAAUCUUUGAUGGUUAUCUUAUAGAAAUUAUCAAGAGGGAGAAGGAGGCUAUGGAAGAGUUUUUACAGCUAAAGGUAUAG